UUCACAAUGGGCUCCGUCGCCAACACCCCCAAGACUGGAACUUUCCUGUUCACCUCCGAGUCUGUCGGAGAGGGUCACCCUGAUAAGAUUGCGUAUGUGACCGCUUGCUCUUCUUCUUCUUCUCCUCUCUCUGAAUGUUCGAAACGUGUCCUUUUGGGGAAUUGUAUGUUGACUUCUUUUUCUUCUACAGUGACCAGGUCUCCGAUGCCAUCCUCGAUGCCUGUCUCGCUGAGGACCCUCUCUCCAAGGUCGCUUGCGAGACCGCCACCAAGACUGGUAUGAUCAUGGUUUUCGGUGAAAUCACCACCCAGGCCAAGCUCGACUACCAGGCGAUCAUCCGUGGUGCCAUCAAGGACAUCGGUUACGAUGACUCCGAGAAGGGCUUCGACUACAAGACCUGCAACGUCUUGGUGGCCAUUGAGCAACAGUCCCCCGAUAUUGCUCAGGGUCUCCACUACGAUGAGGCUCUUGAGAAGCUCGGUGCCGGUGACCAGGGUAUCAUGUUCGGUUAUGCCACCGACGAGACCCCAGAGCUCCUCCCCCUCACCAUUCUGCUUUCCCACAAGCUCAACGCUGCCAUGAAGGCUGCCCGUAACGACGGCUCCAUCCCUUGGCUCCGCCCUGACACCAAGACCCAGGUCACCGUUGAGUACGCUCACGACAACGGUGCCGUCAAGCCCCUCCGCGUGGAUACCGUCGUCGUCUCUGCCCAGCACAGCGAUGAUGUGACCACCGAGGAGCUCCGUGCCGUUAUCAAGGAGAAGAUCAUCAAGAAGGUCAUCCCCGCUGAGCUUCUGGACGACCGCACCGUCUACCACAUCCAGCCCUCUGGCCGCUUCGUCAUUGGUGGUCCUCAGGGUGAUGCCGGUCUCACUGGCCGUAAGAUCAUCGUCGACACCUACGGUGGCUGGGGUGCUCACGGUGGUGGUGCUUUCUCCGGAAAGGACUACUCCAAGGUCGAUCGCUCUGCUGCCUACGUUGGUCGCUGGAUCGCCAAGUCCCUCGUCAACGCCGGUCUUGCCCGCCGUGCUCUGGUCCAGCUCUCCUACGCCAUUGGUGUUGCUGAGCCUCUGUCUCUCUAUGUUGACACCUACGGUACUUCUGACAAGACCUCCGACGAGCUCGUCCAGAUCAUCCGCAACAACUUUGACCUCCGUCCCGGUGUCAUCGUCCGCGAGCUUGACCUGGCCAAGCCCAUCUACUACCAGACCGCCAAGAACGGCCACUUCACCAGCCAGGACUUCUCCUGGGAGAAGCCCAAGGCCCUCAAGUUCUAAGCGCUGUGCCUUAGGACUCCUUACUUCUACCACCUCUUUCUCUUCGCUUUCUUUACGAAUGUAAUGAUUCCUUGCUUUGUUUCAACAACUCAGAGCAGCAGCAUAGACAUGUCAAAACAAAAAGCAGCUUCUGUUUCCUUUUUUAAUGUCUUGAAUAUUUUUCUUUUUU